AUGUCUGCAGCGGUGGAAACAGCAGCGCCCACUCCCAGCUGCCUCACCAGCCAUUACCCAGGCUUCACCCCGGGGGCAGCUGCCACCCAAGGAAAGGCUCCUCCCCCUCAAAACAACGGGGAGAGACAAGUCCCUCGGCUAAACCCCUACAACCCAACCACGUCCUCUAAGAGCAACAAAUUAGAGGCGAAGGACUCACAAUGGGGGUGUUUUCCUCACUUUCUGCCAAAGAUGCACCAGCUGGGGUUGAAGGCGAUUCCUGGUCCUGGGGUAAAAGGAAAAAUGGCAAAUGGAUCAGGAACAUCUAACCAGGUGGGAGAACCAAAGCCCAUUCCACCAAGAGGAGGCCGAGAAGGGAGUAGGAGGUCAAGGAGGUUUGGCCCCUCUAUUAUUACUCCACAGCCCGCGACCAACAACCCCCUCCUACGUCAAGUGGAGCAAAACGGCGCAAAACAUAUAUCUGGGACCAAAGCCCACGUGAAAGGCAAAAUCCGGAGGGAGGAGGCUGGAGGGCACCAAGCCUGCUACUGGGAAGGGAGGGGGGGAAGGGAAAACGUUGCCUCGACGCCAGCAGGGGAAUUGUACUCCCUCCUAAAUUUGCCCACCCGGCGUCAUCCCCGUCACUCGGGGCACCAAUUCGGAGGUAAGGGGCGGCUCACGUCACCGCUGGGCUGCUAUCUCCCAUAUUUGCCCCAAGCAGUUGCCCUGGGCCCGAGACUUGCCCCCCCCCCCCUGCAGUCGGCGACCGGCAGCGCUGCCUCCCCGUCCGCCAUUAGAGACCCAGCCAAACAAUACGUGAAGAGCAAGAGCCGCGCAGCGCAGCCCAGGGAAGAGGAGAGCGACGGAGGGGACCCGGUGGGGGAAGAGGCAGCACCCUCGCCCCGAAAAACUUGGGGACCUCGGGCUACCGCGGAGACAGUGGGAGCGCAGCCCCGAGAGCGGGAGAACGAACUGAGAAAGGGAAAAAUACCCCGCGACCUCCCACCGCCCCGGCCCGGGCAACCCCCGCCCCCCGAGCGACCCCCGCCUCUGGCGUCCGCCUCACCCAGCCCUCCCGGCCUCGCCCUCACUCUCGCAGCCCUUCGGGCCGCACGCGAAGACGCCUGUGACAUGAGCGGAGCCCGGAGGAGACCCCGAGGCCCCGACGCGGCAGCGGCGACGGCGGCCGCGCCGCGGGUCGCCUCCGCCUCCGCCUCCUCCUCCCGAGGCUGCGCUGCUCCCAGCCACCCCCACUAUCGGCGGACCUGGGCUGGAAAGACAGCGGGGAUAAGCCUCACCCGGUUCUGGCUGCGGCUCCGCGGAACGAACCUCCCCUCCCCCGGCCCACCCCCCUUCGGCAACAAGCACAACUCCGCUCGGUCCAGUCCCGGGUUUAGCGCUGGUGAGGAGGAGGAGGCGGAGGAGACGGAGGCGGCGGCGGUGCGGCCGAGCCCGGAGAGGCCCCGCCCUCCUCGCCCUCAUUGGCUGGCCGGAAAGGCGGGCCGCGGCGCCUCGGGCACGUCCAUUGGCUACAUCUGCCUUCCUUCAGGACCCCCCUCGAGGGGGUGGUCCGAAAGGCUGUCCGUCAGGCGCAGGCCACACCCCCCCGGCGUCGCCGUUCCACUCCCCCCCUCCGCCCGCUCUCGGCCCUCGGGUCAGGCAGCCCGAGUUUCGCCGCCCGCUGCACCGGCCACGGGCUCCGGCCCUGGGCGCCCGCGGUGCCCUCCAGGGCCCGGGACAGCCCGCGAAUCUGAGGCCGUGGCCGCCUGCCCUGGCUCGGGCCUGGGCGCCCAGGCUGCUGCAGCCGCUCCCAGCGACCCUGCCCGAGGAGAGCCGCGGCCUCGAUGUCCCCAACGCCCUCCCUGUCCAGUUCCUGAAGCCCCCCGAGAGGGGCGAGCCCGGGCACGGGCUGGAGCGACUGAAAGUGGGAGGUCGGGGCAGCGGGCGAAGUGGGUUCCCGAACGUGCCGCGGGGAGUGGGAGCGCUUCCACCCUCGCCUCACCCCCGUGGGGAAUAGUCCCCCCACCUCCCGUCAUGGCUGCAGGAGGAGACGACGUCCUCCAUUUUGUCGGGACUGCUGUGGGAACUUGGGACCAGUUCAAAACCAGACCCCGUGGGGCUGGGAAACUUGUUCCCGCGAAGCCCCAACUGGGCUCCGCCAUUCGGCCGGGGGGACGGCCCCUGAUGCCGGCGUCUGCGUCUGAGGGGCCCUGGGGGACGGGCGCCACGGUGGAGGGACCCAGACGCCGCUCCCCGCCUCCAUCAACCAAGAUGGAGGAAGCUGCGGGCUCCCCUGGAGCUGGGCUCCCGCCUGUUGGAAGGGCCGGAGCCUCCCCUCGGUGCGUCCCUCGCCGCUGCCGUCGUCCUCCUCCGCGGCCUCUUUCGGUUGCCCUCCCCCAGCCUCUACCCGGCCUCCCCACUGCCUUCCACCAUCGCCUGGUCCUCAACGGUCGAUGGGGUCUCCACUCCACCGCCUGCUCCAUCGCUUCGCCCAACCGGGGCCGGCCUGGCUGCGGGGAGCCGAGCGAAGGUGCGCGGCGUUGCGGCGCGCCCCGGGGCGGGUGUGCCCGGAGAAGCCACAUCGACGAUGGGGCUUCUCUUUUGUUCAUCGUCUACACCUACGUCUUCGGCGCACGUCAGGGUGCCGUGCGACAUCCAAGAUUCCAUGUAAAGAUGAAAGCGAGGCCUCUUUCGUCUCACCCUAGCGGUUGUUCGUGGGAUUACAACUGA